CAAUUUCGGACAUUCACUCUAUUCCCUAACAGCGCAGCCAACCCAUUUGCAUCAUCACAAAACUCCCUUGAACACCCAAUACACCCACAAAACAACAGAACAUAAACACAAAAAUGGUCGGAACCGGUUGGAACAUCGAUCUCUCUGGCAAGGCCAUCAUCGUCACCGGAGGUAACCGAGGUAUCGGACGUGCUAUCGCUGAGCAGGCCGCUCAGGCCGGUGCUCACGUCGCCAUCGUCUACCACUCCUCCCCUGACGCUCCUCAGGUAGCCGACAAGAUUGCCGAAGACUACAACGUCCGAUCCAAGGCCUACCAGGCCGACACUUCGGAUCAGAAGAAGAUGCACGAGAUCGUCAAGCAGGUGUACGACGAUCUGGGCCCCGUCGGCGGGAUCGUCUGCAACGCAGGGAGGGCGGCUCAGAAGCCCGCUCUCGAGGCCACGAGGGAGGACUUUGAUGCCUGUUUCGAGACCAACGUCUGGGGGGCUUUCGUCAGUGCCCAGGCUUGUGCGGCUUUGUGGAAGGAGCACGGGUACCAGAAUGGAAAGGUCGUCAUCGUUUCCUCCAUCUCGGGUUCGAUCGCCAACAAGGGAAGCCAGCAGUGUUUCUACAACGCCUCCAAGGGCGCCGCUAACAUGCUCGCCAAGUGCCUCGCUAUGGAAUGGGCCGACAUGGGUAUCAACGUCAACUGCAUCAACCCCGGUUACGUCGAGACCGACAUGACCGCUGGGUUCUUGAAAGACGAAGACAAGAAGGCCGAGAAGAUGAAGGAUGUCCCCAUGGGCCGACCUUCUCAGCCCGAGGAACAGGCCGGCAUGGCCAUCUUGUUGCUCAGUGAUAGGUCUUCCUACAUUACCGGGUCGACCACCAUGAUCGAUGGAGGAUUGACCAUCUGGUAGAUAACGCCAACCCCAAUGACAAGUCCUGUAGAAUGCGAGCGUGAAACGCAGAAUAGCAAGAAUACAAUUUGUAUAAUCGAGAUAUGGAAAAGCAAGAAGCAUUGUGCACGAUUUCACUGCGGGUCUUGGCAGAGCGCGGUUCGUGAACAGAAAGGCAUGUCAAUCAUCGCUUGCGCAUCCCCUGAAACGCAUCGCCGUUGAGCAAAGAGCUUCCCUCUACUUCUCCUAACUCGCACCGGCC